UAAAAUACUGUGAGAAGUCAUUCCCCACAACUCAAAUUCUUUUCUUCUUCUUCUCCUUCUUCAAAUAAAAUAAAAUCUGAACAACGAUGACAUGAAGAGGCAAGAUACAUCAUCUUCUUCCUAUUAUUGAUGAUAUUAAGAGACGUCAUCAGUCUCACUCUUCUAAUUUCCACUAUUCCAUUUUCAUCUAUCGCUCUCUAUGCACACAAUAUGUAAUUUUUAAUUGUUAAGUUCAAAUUUUGAUUACUUUCCCUCACAAUCAAAAUGGGAUUUUGGGGACUGUUGGUGGUGGCAUCGAUGCCGAUACUCCAGGUGUUGAUCGUAAGUGCAGUCGGAGCUUUCAUGGCUACUGAUUACCUCAAUCUACUUCCCAGCAACACUCGAAACUCACUUAACAAGAUUGUGUUUGUGGUUUUCACGCCUUCACUUAUAUUUGCAAGCCUUGUGGAAACUGUCACCUUUGAAGACAUCAUCUCAAUGUGGUUUAUGCCAAUAAACAUAGGAAUAACAUUCAUAUGUGGAGGAAUAUUGGGAUGGAUAGCAAUAAAACUAAUCAAACCAAAGCCUCAUUUACAAGGCCUCAUCAUAGCUAUGUGUUCAACAGGAAACUUUGCAAAUCUUCUAUUGAUAAUGAUUCCUGCAAUCUGCAUGGAUGAUGGCAGCCCAUUCGGUGAUCAUGGCAUCUGUAAAGCUAAGGCUCUCUCUUAUGCAUCAUUCUCCAUGGCUUUAGGUAGUUUCUACACAUGGACAUGUACUUAUCAGAUGAUCCAAGCCUCAGCUUUGAAGUACAAUGCUAUAAAAGAAACCGAUAAAUUCUCAAAUGAUUCAGAUCAAAACACUCAUCUUCUCAAUAAAGAUAAUGAUCAUAUUGAUAAAAUCAUGCCUUCAUCAAGUUUGACUAGUCAAGAUACAGAAAACCAAUGUAUUGUGAAGAAAAAAGAUGGGUCAAUUUCAGAUCAAUUAGUGGAGAUAAUAAAGAAAAUAGUAGAGCAGUUACUAGCUCCACCUACCCUUGGCUCUUUUGCAGGACUAAUUAUUGGGGCAAUCCCAUGGAUAAAAAAUCUUUUAGUUGGUGAAAAAGCUCCUUUACGUGUGAUUCAAGACUCCAUGACAUUACUCGGGGAUGGAACCAUACCUUGUUUGACUCUUAUACUAGGAGGCAACCUCACACAAGGUCUAAAAAAGGCGAGUGUGGGGCCCACAAUCAUUAUCACAAUUAUGAUAGUGAGGUAUUUGAUUCUUCCUGUUAUUGGGAUUGGUGUGAUAAAAAUGGCUGCAAAUAUGGGAUUGGUUCCGGUGGACCCGCUCUUCAAAUUUGUGUUGUUGAUAAUGUUUGCUCUGCCACCUGGCGUCAAUAUCAGUACAAUGGCUGAAUUGUUUAGUGUUGGGCAAGAAGAGUGUGCAAUGUUGAUGAUGUGGACUUAUUUGGCUGCUGCUUUUGCUCUUACAACUUGGUCAUCUGUUUACAUGUGGAUUUUAUCUUGA